GAACCUAGAACGAGAUAAAUAGAUAGAUAAAUAGAUAGACAGACAGAGAGAGAGAGAGAGAGAGAGAGAGAGAGAGAAAAGAUAUAGGGGAAUACAGUUUCGUUUCGCAAAGGUUUUUCCUAAACGGUGAUAUAUAACAGAGACAUAUAAAUCUUUUGUUGAAGAAAAAAUGAUUCUUUCACUGUUAAUUACAAUUGUUAAGUCAACAUACUAAAAAUAUAUAUAUAUUUCAACAUUUUCAAAUAUUAUAAUUGAAACGAGCAAUACAUACAUAGAAAUAAUUUUUUAUAUUAUAUGUAACAACUGUGUACAACACUAACCAGUAUAUGUUAGUAUGGUGGUGGGAGAGAGCGAGAAUCCGCUAAGGAGAAACAAAAGAAAAAGAGGGGGAUAAGGGGCAAUUUGUUCCGCGAGUCAACUUUACACGUCUCUGAUAUAUAAACUCUCUUGUCCGAAACCAAAGCAAGUUGGUUUGCGCGCUUCGUCGUGAAAAGAACGUAUUGUAAAUCAUCUCUUAGUUUUCUUUUUCUUCUUUUAUAGAUUUUCAAAAGAUAUCUCUUGAAAAUAUGGAGAACGUUAAAAUUCAAAGAAACAGCGAAACCUAUGCGGUUAAGCGGAAGGAGAAGAGCAUGAUGAAUGAAAACUCAGCCAGCAAGAACGUUCGUCCCAAUUCUAAAGAAGAAAAUAAAGGAACGAUCAUGAAUGGAUUAUCUAAACAAUGUAUCACCGAUGAGAAGUCGAUCAAAUUGAAGAAACCCCAUCCACUGAGGUCCAUUUCUUGGAAUAAGAAUAUCGAGGAAGGAGAUUUAGAUGUUCCUGGAACGCCAAGAACACCUCGAACCUCGACAACGCCAGGUCACGAAAACUGUACCUUCCAUCAUGAUCUUGAAUUGGAUCAUAGACCACCUACGCGAGAAGCUUUGCUACCAGAAAUGUCAAGGAGUUACAGAUUACUUCUAAGUUCACUAGGCGAGGAUCCUGAUCGGCAAGGACUUUUAAAGACACCAGAAAGAGCAGCCAAAGCGAUGCUCUUUUUCACGAAAGGAUAUGAUCAAUCUCUCGACGAUGUUAUUAACGAUGCCGUAUUCGACGAAGAUCACGACGAGAUGGUCGUAGUUAAGGAUAUAGAAAUGUUCUCUAUGUGUGAACAUCAUUUGGUUCCCUUCUAUGGAAAAGUAUCCAUCGGUUAUCUUCCCUGUAAGAAGAUUCUUGGUCUCAGCAAAUUAGCCAGAAUCGUAGAAAUCUUUAGCAGGCGUCUUCAAGUUCAGGAACGUCUCACAAAACAAAUUGCAAUAGCAGUUACGAAAGCUGUGGAACCUGCAGGAGUGGCCGUUGUGAUCGAAGGAGUGCAUAUGUGCAUGGUAAUGAGAGGCGUACAGAAAAUCAAUAGUAAGACCGUUACUUCAACGAUGCUCGGCGUUUUCCGUGACGAUCCAAAGACUCGCGAGGAAUUCCUCAAUCUUGUCCAUAGCAAAUAAACGAGAAUAUCUUUAGGGAACUCUUAUUUGACGUUCCUUCAUGAUCAUUAUAUCGGUCUUCCUAUUUAUGUGUUGUCGUAGCAUUCUUUUUUAAUAUCUUCUUUGCUAACUCUAAACUCUCCUUCCGAAGUUUUUUUGCUACGUUCAAUCGAAACGUUUGCGAUGAAUAAUGAUCGUUCUAAAGAUCUACAUAACAGAUCUUCCAAAGUGGAAUAUUAUUCUCAAGAUUUAAUCGAAGAUGUACAUACAAGAAAAAAGAAAAAAAAAAAAAAAGAAGAUGACGUUUACACGUUUACAAAAAAAAUGUCGGUUUCUUCUUCUCUCAACGAAAUUCAUUUGAGAGUUCGCGAGUUUAAAACCCAAGGUGUUCGAAAAAAAAAAAAAAAUAAGGACAAACAAAAAAUACAAUAUGAUGUUUGUAAUAGCAUUUGCAAUCGAUCGAAUAAGAGAAACAUGGUUUAUGGUCUGUGUUGUCAGAUGUUUAAUAAGAAGCCUAAUAUUUUCUUCUAAUCGUUCGAAUUUGCAAAUAAUUAAUGCAUGAACGAAUGAGAGAGAGAGAGAGACAGAGAGAGAGAGAGAGAGAGAGAGAGAGAGAGAGAGAGAGAGAGAGAGAGA